UCCUCCGACCGGAGGCGCGCAAUUAGAGCCUCCUCCGUCGCCUCCAGUCUUCAAAGUAAUAGACCUGCGACAGCCGGCCAGAUGAAUUAGUCGGUGUUCAGUGUCUGCAUGGAGGGUAAGCUGAGCACGCGGGGGGCACGGAGAGUGUUGGAGAUGUAUGGAGGAGUCACGACGCACGACGCAGCGCAGUUCGUCAUGACUUGGAAGUGAAUCACGAUGGGAUUUCUGUGGUGACGUGAAAUUUAGGUUAGAUGCAAUUAGGCAUGGCUCGCGUGCUGCAUAUUUACCCGCAGCUGUUGUAUAUAGCUGCUUUUUGAAACCACUUUUUUAUUUCAGCUGCAGCUCUUUUUUUUAUGAUUUUUCUCUUGGUAGUGUCGCUUUAUUUUUGCGCUUGAACUUGCACUAUUCCCUCUAUAAAUUGAGCGUGGUUUUUGCGUGUGCGUGAGUGCGCAGCUGUAAUCAAGUCUUUUGCGGGAUUUUUCUCGAAAGACGCCGCUUCAUGCCUCUUGCACCUGUGGACGCCUGCAGACAGAGCACCUUGGACGCAUUUCGUUCUGCUUUCCUCCCCAUGUGUUUCAUCGUCUAAGGCUUUUUUUUUUUCCUUCCGCACAAAGCGCUUGUCGGAUGCGCGGCUGGGUUUCCAGAGGUCUGCUCAGCUUCAGCACCACACCAGCUCUGAACAGCUCCGGGUCGUCGCUCCUAACCACCCGGCAACGAUGGCAUCACACGGCUUCUGGUCUCUUGGCGGAGAUAAUGCGGGGGCCAACACCGGCAGUCAGAGCCCCAGUACGACCAGGGCUUGGUGCCAGGCAGCGGCCCAGAAAUUUCCGGGAGGGAUUGGAUCGAAAUUAUGUGCGCUGCUAAAUGUCGGAGAGGUGGAGAAACCUGCCGAGCCCACCGACAAGCAGCCGCCUCAGACAGAAGCAGGCGGAACCUGCGGCUGCAACAAAUCCUGCAACUGCACCAAAGCUUCUGUGGUCUUCUCCGACCUCUAUUCAACAGACCUGUUACCCGCCAUGGACAGUGACGCCAAAACAAUGACCUUCCUUCAAGAAGUUGUGGAUAUAUUACUCGCUUACAUCGUUGAGUCUUUCGACCGGGAAACGAAAGUUAUUGAUUUUCAUUAUCCCAACGAGCUGCUGCAGAAGAACAACUGGGAGCUGCAGCAGGAGCCCGCCACCCUGGAUGAUAUCUUGAUCAGCUGUCGCGCCACUCUGAAAUACGCCAUCAAAACAGCCCACCCCAGGUACUUCAAUCAGCUCUCCACAGGAUUAGACAUGGUCGGACUGGCUGCCGAUUGGCUAACCUCCACCGCCAACACCAACAUGUUCACCUAUGAGGUGGCUCCUGUCUUUGUGCUGCUGGAAUACGUCACUCUGAAGAAGAUGAGGGAGAUCAUUGGCUGGGCGGACGGGCGAGGAGACGGCAUUUUCUCUCCUGGUGGUGCUAUUUCCAACAUGUAUGCCAUGCUGCUGGCUCGCUUCAAGAUGUUCCCUGAAGUGAAGGAGAAAGGAAUGUCAUCUGUCCCCAGACUGGCGGCCUUCACAUCCGAACAUAGUCAUUUUUCAAUCAAGAAAGGUGCAGCAGCUCUGGGCAUCGGGACAGAGAGUGUGAUCUGCAUCAAAGCAGAUGAAAGCGGUAAAAUGAUCCCAGCUGACCUUGAGAGGAGAAUACUGGAGGCCAAACAGAAGGGUUUUGUCCCUUUCUUUGUGAGCGCCACCGCUGGAACAACCGUGUACGGAGCAUUCGACCCUCUCAUCGCCAUCUCUGACGUCUGCAAAAAGUACAACGUCUGGAUGCAUGUGGAUGGCGCGUGGGGAGGAAGUCUGCUCAUGUCCAGGAGACACAGGUGGAAGCUGGACGGAGUCGACAGGGCCAAUUCAGUGACAUGGAACCCACACAAGAUGAUGUCCGUCCCUCUGCAGUGUUCAGCCCUGCUGGUCAGAGAAGAGGGUUUGAUGCAGAACUGCAACCAGAUGCACGCCUGCUACCUGUUCCAGCAGGACAAACACUACGACCUGUCCUACGACACCGGAGACAAAGCGCUGCAGUGUGGACGCCAUGUGGACAUCUUCAAACUGUGGCUCAUGUGGAGAGCUAAGGGGACCAUCGGGUUCGAGGCUCAGAUUGACAAGUGCUUGGAGCUGUCAGAGUACCUCUACAACAAGAUCAAAGACAGAGAAGGAUACGAGAUGGUCUUCGAUGGAAAACCUCAGCACACCAACGUCUGCUUCUGGUACCUCCCUCCUGGGAUCCGCUACAUGGAGGACAAAGAGGAGAGGAAGAAACACUUGCACAAGGUGGCUCCAGUGAUAAAGGCCAGGAUGAUGGAGUACGGCACGACCAUGGUCAGCUACCAGCCACAAGGGGACAAGGUCAACUUUUUCCGCAUGGUGAUCUCGAAUCCCGCCGCUUCCUUCGAGGACAUCGAUUUUCUUAUUGAGGAGAUUGAACGACUCGGCCAGGAUCUAUAAGACUCAUCUCACCGAAAUCCUCCUGUACUUUUCCCCCUUGACGGAUGAAUUGUUUGUCGUGAAUGUACUGGUAAACUUUUUCUUUUUCUCUCUCUUUCCUCCAAAGUCGCAUAUUUAAGAGUAUAUUUGAGAAAAAAAAGAUAUAUCCAUAUAUUAUGUAUUGUAGCUUUGCCGUGGGCUAACUUGGUCCAAAGCUAUGUAAAAGUGCUUCUGUCUGCCUUUCCUAUAGUGUAGUAUAUCUGAGAGUAGUGUAAGUGAUGUAACUUUAUAUGUACUUUUUUGUGAUAUGAAACGCUUGUGCAAUAGGCCGAUGAGGAAGAGUUUAUUUUUGAAUCAUUUCUCAUUUGCCGAGUGUGUUGUUAAGUGCCAAAUGUGGUUGUGUUUUCUUGUAACUUCACAUUUUAAACUUCUGGUUUAAAACAAAAUAAGCACUUCACCUUACCUCAGCUUAAUCAACUGCCUUUACAUCUGCACAUCGUCCCUCCAGCAGUGAUUUUAAAUAUUAUCCCCUUCAGCUGGUGCGUUAAAGCACACACAAUAAGUAUCCCAUUUCCCAGAACAGGCCGGAAAAUGUACAAAAAAAAAACAACAAAAUGAUUUCCACCACUAUUACACAACAGUCAAUUCAAAGCAUUUAUGAACGCAUGUAUCAUGCAUCACGUCGGCCUUUCACAGUUUGCUCUGCAGCUUCGGAUGCUAAUUUAAUAUUGUUGCUUAUGAACACUUUCUACUCUUUUUACACUCACUUCUUUCUAGUGUAUUCCACGUGGUAAAAGCUUAUUAAACCCAUUUAUGUUUGAUGUCACCAGCUACACACGCGUAUCAAAAUGAGCACCAUUUCCAACCAGGCUGUAAGUUUAGCUCUGCUAGUUCACUUUAUGUGUUACAAUGAUAGUCGAACUAUGGAAUAACCAACACAUGCAGACGGGAUGUAAAGUUAUAAUCCUUAGGAUUUUCUUUAUUCCAAACAGAUUUUUUAAAUUCUAUGACAUCAAAUGGAUCAAAUUCAAAUAAUAUGAAGCGUACAUUUUCUUUUUAUUUCGCUCAAAACAUUAAUUAACUGUCCAUGUUUUUUGGCAGUUAUUGUGUAUUGGGGGUGCACAGCUUGGUUACCAAUUGGGCAAAAUGGGCAGCUGCCACUGCCAACAAGCCCAAGACCCCAAGAGGCCACUAAAGCCCUUACCCCCCUGCAUGUCGUCCAGUUGUAGUUCUUUAUACAACUAAGACUAAGCUUCACUAAAGAAUGGCUCCUGAUUUGUUAGUUAAUCCAAGUGGCCAUCUUUUCCAAAGGAAAACCAAAAUCCAGGUCCAGUUCAAAAACUUUAAUUUUUCAGUAACUUGGUUUGGAUUGUACUCCGAUCGUUCAGGUCCCUGAUAAAGUUUAUUUAAUAAACAGACAAAGAUUUAUUUCAGCAUAGGACUGGUUGCACUGGACUUCUUUAGAAUAUAUAGGACACAGGGUAUAUUUACGAUGCACAAAAAAAGCACUAACAGAUAGCAUUCAUGAGGGAAAUUUGCUUUUUGGUCCAGAAGACACACUAACAAUGCACCACCAAAUAUGGCCACCAUACUGAACAAUCCCUUUAGAGCUGAGCAUUGUUCAAACAGGAUAUAUAUUAUUACAUUUUCUGCUAACACUUAAACCAACCAGAGCAUAAAUCUUAAGGAUUAUAACUAACUUUUAAAUCCUCUCCUCUACAGUACUACAAAUAGAGAUGCCAGAUGUGAGGAGGGAUUUUUCGAUGAGCACUUAAUGAUAGAUUAAAGAUCUUAAGGAAGGGGAGGGGGAGGGGACAAUAAUCACAGACUGGAUAAAAGACGUGGACGUAGCCACAGUGACGUCACCAAUUUGUUCAACGACUACAAAAAAUUAGGCCACAAGUUCGGCUCAUCUUUCAUCAUGUAUUUAGUUAUAUUUUUGGAGCAGGAAGUGACCAUAUUUGGACAUAAAGGUGGUCAAACUUGUCAAUAACAAGCUAGCCACACCCUAAACACUUACCCAAACGAGCUACUUUUUAAUUUAUUUGACCUUUAAUUGGAUUCAAAUUAAACAGAUAACCACAUGCUGUAUUGAAACUAUGAACUAUGAACUCAUUCAGAAAACCAAAAAAGGUAAUAAAUCAUGUGAACAGUCGGCUCCUUUUCUCAUAGACCAGUGGAGUCGCCCCCUGCUGGCCUCAACAAGAAUGCAGUCUUGAGGCACUUUCGCCUUAUUUUUGACUUUCGACCAUAAGGCUACGUCCACUCCUUUUCUCCAGUUUGUGGCAAUAAUGGUGAUGUGUCUGAAUACAGGAACAUGAAAAGAUUUGCAGCAACUGUUGUACCUGACAUCACUUGCACUACGUCACCUGGGGGGGAGGAAGAGCGCCCCCUAAAGCUUUGCAGCUGAGAUUUCGUCUUUAUUCAUUCACAAGCAAUAUUUAAAGAUGGGUCCAACCUAUAUAUAUAAAUAUAUAUAAAAUAUUUACCCCGAAAAAAAUAUCAGAAUGAACAGUGAAGUGUACAAUAUUAACACGAUAAUCAAGUUUUCCUGCUACGCACAGUAGUUAGCGUCAACCUAAACACAUGCUUAUUGUAGGCAGGUUAGAUGUUGGACCAUGAACCCUGAUUGAACACGCAGCGGUUCUGUAGCAUUUUCACUAGAACACGUUAGAAGAAGCACAGAUCGCUCAACAUGGUCGCUCAGUGUACAAUCACUUUUGAUCAUAGACUGUAAAUAGUAUUUCAAGAUGUCCUAAGUACAUAUCUUUGUGUAUACAUAAGUGUAUAUAAGACCUAUAACCAGAGACUAUUUGUGAGGUAAAGUUAUUCAUAUUUUCUCUAUCUCUGAUAUAGAUUACUUGUAUUUUCAUCCUGUUUGUCCAGAAGGCUUUUUUCCUGUGUGUGUACGUACGUAUGUCUGAAACUUGACUUGGUUUGUGACUCUUCUAGCUAUUUCAAAGAAAAACGUGUUUCAGGGAGUGGCUUUAAAGAAAGAACGGACAGAUUUCACCUUGAAGUACUUACGAGGUCUUGCAGCGUGUGGAUUUUGAAAUGAAUAUGCAAAGCCAUGGCGACUCUGAAGCACUCUGUUUCUUCGUGCACAAGUGAUACUUGACGGCAUGUUGCCGAUGUGAACCCUAGUGUGUUUGUGACUGUGUUGCCUUAGUAUACAUUUGCCGGUAUUGUCUAGUUUUCCUCCAAAACGGGGAGGGUCGUGCACUUUAGAGUUGACCUAAUAACGUGCAAUGUCCAAUGGUUGUUCAUAAGUUGAUGUUAAGAAAAAAAAUACUCAAAAAUGUAACUUAAGCUCUUUGGUCUGAAUGUGUCAUGAAUCAAGGGUCGCUUUGAAAAGACGCUGUUUCAUCUUUUGCAGAUUGUAACAGAAGCCCCGAGCAAACAUGCAUUCAUACAUUUUAUUAUGUACUUUGUUUUCCCCCUGAGGACGAGUCAUUUCCUCUUGUUUUAUAGAGAUAUCGACUCAUUUAUCCGCUAUAACCAAAGCUGCAAAAGCACAAACAAAACAUAUAUAGUCAUAGUCUUAAGUUACCUCAUAAGAGUGGGCGAUGGCAGCACGGUAUGUCAGGUUGUGUUUUCUGGAUCGCAAGAAAAUGAUCCGUCAAUCAUGAGAAAACAAGCUUUGUAACCUUGAGUUAAUGAGAUAUAUGAAUCCAUUGUAUUCUCAAAACUAGUCUCGUAAUCCCCCAUUAACAGGAAAAAUAAGUUGAGAUCUCAAGAAAACAACGAGAGUUAACUCAUGAUCAGAGAAAACCAGAGGUUAGUCUAAAAACAACGAACACAAAAUCAUGAAAUCUGUUGUUGUUAUCUCAGGAAAAUGACAUAAAUCAGUCGAGAUCUAAUGAACACGACUGAAGUUCAGUAUUUGUCACAGAAAACUAGUGUGGUUACCUCAAGAUGAUGAGGGUUAAUAGAUCCAGAUCUGCAGACAAUGACUGAGUUAACUCAUUAUAACACAAUACAAAGGGUGUUGUUUUGAGAUAAUGAGAUAAAAAAAAGUCGAGAUCUCAAGAGAACGACCGGAAAUGACUCGUGAUCGCAGGAUGAAGAAGCAAACAGAGAGGGGCUUCCGUACUUUGUAGAUAUUGAAAUCUUUUUAAGUUGUCCCAAAUGAGAUUAAGCACUCCAACGCUUGUUAGAUUGAUUGGUCUGAUUUCUGUCCCAGAUCAAGUUGGUGCUCGCACUGUGACACAGACAACAUCCGUUUAACAGCAGCGACACAACCUCGCCGUGUCAGUCGUGGAAAGCCAAACAUUUAGUUCCUCUCGCCGCUGCUGCUCGACUCGCUUCCUUUGCACGUGCAUGCGAUGCCUUGCCUAUCCAGCUUGUGUGUUUCUGUGUCCUAUAUACCUAUUUCUAUCUAUAAAUAUAUAUAUAUAUAUAAACGUAUAUACAGUCUGUGUAGCUCUGUAAUGAUCCUGUCUGACGUAUAGCUUAGCCUGUAGAGUAGUGCUCUGUCGCUCUAGCCUUUACAUGUGAUCUGUGUCUUGAGCUUUCCGUAAAGUUUCUCUCUCCGUGCCGCCAGCAUGCUAACCUCGCCGACGCAUUUGUAAUCCUCUCCGCGCUUGAUCUGACUAUCUCUAUCCUCCGUCUUUCUCUUCUUCUUGCUUGAAGACUGUCGCAGCUCCCAAACGUAGCCUCUUAUAUCUAUAUGUGUAGUCCCUCAGCAUGUCUCUAUGAAAGCUUCUCUCUGCUCUUGCACCUGUACGACCUUCUUCUCUCUUUCUCUUCCGCUUCUUCUUCGCCUCCUGCAGCAGUGACAAUGUAUCCUCGCAGCGCUUUCCUCUCUCUCUCUCUCUCUCUCUCUCUCUCUCUCUCUCUCUCUCUCGGCUAUUCCUGCUGUCUGUGUGUCUGAGACGGUUUGUUGUCGUGUCACGGUGCCCCAACGCCACUUUAUUUUUAUUUUUUUCAUUUCUGGUUUUCUUUUAAGGCCCUUGACUUUAUGGAAGAUUUAGAUUUGAUUGUCCAAAUACUUGUUCAAUGCAAGUGUUUGUUAGCCUUCAACACAGACGUAUAUGACAAAUGUACCCUGGUUCUCUCGCUGACAGGAAAUAUUUGUUUGUUUAUGAGAACAGUUAAGACCCCUUGUACUCAGAGUGCACUCAAUUUCACUGAACAUGGUGCGAUUUUGAAUCAUGUAUUCUGCAAACUGCUGUGCUAGCUCCUCUCAAACAUUCAUUUGUCCUGAACUCUAUGUUACUGUUGGGAAAAUAGAAAUAAAUAUUGUCCAAACAAA